AUGUGGCCGCUGCUACCUAGUUGUGGUAAGUCUCCAAUUGAUCUCUUCAAAUCCCCGCAUCGUGUCCUAACCAAGUCAACGCAGUACUGCUGCAAAGACUGCCAAAAAGAACACUGGCCCACGCACAAAGAGGAUUGUAACAACGCUCUAGCGAGGGAGACAUGGAAGCCAGACUGGCACACCGAAGAUCGAAAUCCAACUUUCUUCGAAAACCGAGACCCUUCUGAUCUGGAUUCAAAUGCUGGCAAAAUAUCGUGGUGGGGAAGCAUGCCGGCAUUGGAUUUGCUGAAACUGGAUGCAAAUGAAGGCCAGGAUGCAUCCCCCAACAUGCGUGUUCUUCUCAUAUCAUCACAUGAUAUUCGAAACAUCGUUGAAACAAUCGCUCGUUUGCCAGAUACGUAUUCGGGCCAGUGUGAGAUGGUGAUGAGUGGCAUCCAACCCGGGAUGUUCGAACAGAAUAUCAUUCUUCUUUUGACAGCUUUCCAUUUCCCGCCAGAAGACGCCGCUCCUAUCAUAAUUCACUUAUGGUAUUCAGCUUUGAUACCCUUGUCGAUUCUCUCAGCGCUUCGAAUAAAGCUCCUGCCGCUGAUUGAAGAAGUCUGCUCCGAAGCUGUACGGAAACGUCGCCGUCGGAUUUUUAAACGGGUCUUGAAAAAGAACAAAGCAUCCUUACAUUUAGCGCUUCUGAGGGAUGAGUGGGAGCGUCUUCGAACUUCUCUUCAGUGUCCUGAACGGUUUUCCCCUACCGAGGCUACCCGCAGUCGACAAAGCGUCACGUUGGCAAACAAGAAAGUAGAUGAACUCCAUAGGGGUUUGUACGCCCAGCCUCGGCAUUGGCGUCUUGCCACGAUGAAGUUCCGCCGCGAUGGAAUAUUGUUGCCGUUCGGGUGUUCACGCAAAGAAUUUGAUACUCCUAACCCGUAG